AUGUCCCCCGGGAUAUCUAGGAAAUGGUAUUGGCCUAAAUGUUUAAACGCGACCGAUUAUACUUGUACUUGCACGCCGGGAUAUUCAGGAAAAAAUUGUGACGUUGCCACAUCUUCUUCUUGCGCUUCAAAUCCGUGUGUUAACGGAGGAAGUUGUGUUACAACAGAAAAUGGUUAUUUUUGCAAAUGCACCUCGGAAUUUACCGGAUUUAAUUGUGAAACGAGAGAAGCUAGUUGCGGUGGUAGACUAAAUUCGUACGCUGGUACUUUAGAUUAUAACCCGAGCAACAUUGGGAGCGGUUAUAAAUAUAGUUGCGCUUGGGUCAUCGAAACUAAUCUAACGAAAGUGUUGAACAUCACGUUUCAAAAAUUCAACAUAAAAGAAUCCGGAAAUUGCGCUUCAAGUUGGCUACAAAUUCACGAUGGAAGAAACUCGGCGGCUCAUUCUUUUGGAAGAUUCUGCGGAAAUAGAUUUCCUAGAAAUGGAACUUUUUUGUCAACUCAUAACAAUUUGUAUGUUUGGUUUAGAGAUGAUUCUCUUCUCCCAGGAAAUGGGUUUACUUUCAAUUGGAUGAGUGUUGAGCCAAAAUGUCACGAAGAAAUUUUAGCCAAAUCACACGGAGUUUUGAAAUCACCAGGAUUCCCGGGAAAUUAUCCCAAUAACAGGGAUUGCGUUUGGAGAUUAACAGCGCCGAUUGAUAAAAGAAUUGAGUUUCACUUUUUCGAGUUAUCGCUUGGGGAAGAUGCUGCGAAUUGCACUAAAGAUUACGUCUCAUUUCAUUCUUCAAGUAACGGAGAAGCGUUUGCUACUUAUUGCAAGACUUCGCAUCCUCCACCUUUAACAGCACCCUUCCAUGAAGUUUACGUACGAUUUCAUUCGGAUGAAUCUGGACAAAAUCCCGGAUUUCAAAUUGGUUACUCAGUGAUAGCAGGUAUUCCAAAUUGCGGCGGUGUAUACACCAAGGAAUCAGGUUUAAUUAAAGGAGAAAUCGUUCCAAGUUUAGACCCAAUAACCUACGAAUGCGAAUAUGAAAUAAGAGUUCCUGAAGAUAUGAGAAUUAGAAUAGAUUUCUUGACGUUUGAUGUCGUUAAAACGAAAUCGGGGUGUUCCGAGGAAUUAAUUGUGUAUGAAGGAUCCACGUCGGAUUCGCCGACUGUUGGAAGAUAUUGUGGGACCGAGUUACCACCUCCUUAUGUUUCGUUGGGAAACGAGCUCCUUUUAUUGUUUAAAACGAGAUUAUCCAAAGGUUUUUCGUUGAAAUAUGAAGCGAUGUGUGGUGGGACGUACACUUCUAGUGAAGGAAUUAUUGCGUCAUCGGAAUAUCCGAAAUCAAGAACAACAGAGAAAGAUUGUAUUUAUCAAAUUAAUCGCCCCACUGGAACUGUUAUUAAUUUGAAUAUUAUGGAUAUGUGGCCGACUCUAAAAUUUGCAACACAGUUUACGUUUAUUACAACCCCACUCUUUCAAAACAUCGAAGUACGAGAUGGUGACAACGAAAACGCUCCUUUAUUAGGAAAUUAUUGCGAACGAUCCCCUAUAGAAGUCAUGUCAUCACAUAACGCACUUUGGAUAAAAGUCGAAAAGUCAUUGUAUCAGCCCAAAAGAUUUUACAUGAAUUACACAACAACCGAUAUUGGUUGUGGGGGACUUUUAAAAGAAAAAUCCGGCACGAUUCAAUCCCCAUCUCAUCCAUCAAAUUACCCAAGCAGCCUCAAAUGCACCUGGUUAAUCGUAGCCCCAACGAAUAUGGUCGUGCAACUAUCUUGGUCAAACUUCCUAUUAGAAAACAGUUAUGAUUGCAAAUACGAUCGGGUUGAAGUUUAUGAUAACAACACCAACAGCGGCAUGGGGGGAUUAAUUGGGCGAUACUGCGGAAAUAAACUCCCCCCAAUCCUUAUUACAUCCUCCAACAUCAUGACCGUAACCUUCAAAACUGACGUUUCAAUCAAUCAAGACGGGUUUGUAGCUACUUACACUUUCCUCCCAUCCGAUUCGAUUUGUGGGGGGACUUAUUUUACUCCAUCCGGAAUUUUAACUUCCCCGUUUUACCCUAAAUCAUACCCAGUUAAUAAAGAUUGUAAAUGGGUUCUCCACGUGCAAUCGGGGAGUCAAAUCAUGUUGAAAAUCAAUGAUUUCCAAUUGGAACCGUACGCUGAUUGUCGAUUCGAUUUCUUAGAGAUAAGGAAUGGGGGGACGGCUGCUUCCCCGCUGAUCGGAAAGUUUUGUGGGGAUACUAUUCCUAAGAUGAUUCCGUCGCAUGCUAAUCAACUCUUUUUGCGGUUCAAAUCGGAUUUUACUAGGGCUGCGAAAGGAUUUAAUAUAACGUGGAGUGCCACAUCAACUGGGUGUGGGGGGACUUUAACUUCAGCGAGGGGAUCGAUUAUUUCGCCGCAUUAUCCUGAACCUUAUGAUAAGAACACUGUGUGUGUUUGGAAAAUAUCUGUGAAUCCCGGAUCUGUUAUUCAACUGGUGUUUGCGGAUAUUGAUUUGGAAAAUCAUGAGGUGUGCCGAUUAGAUUAUGUCGAGAUUUUUGAUGGACUCACCGCAACUUCGAAAUCCCUCGGGAGAUAUUGCAACACGGCGCAUCCCCUAACGAUUAAAUCACCGGGAAAUCACGUUUUCGUAAAAUUCAGAUCAGAUAUAAGCAACCAAGGGAGAGGAUUUCAAUUGCAGUAUUCAACGAUUUGCAACAACCAAGUGCGAGGUUACAGCGGUGUUAUUGAAAGCCCGAAUUAUCCAUAUGGAUAUGCAAUAGAUCAAGAUUGCACGUGGGAAAUCGGGGUUCCUGAAGGAAAUAAAAUCAACAUCACAUUUUCGCACUUAGAUUUAGAGCGAACUUCGGUUGUCACCAAAGGACGUUGCGAGUUUGAUUACGUAGAGAUUUCAACUUACGACGCCGAAUUCGAAAAAGUAAAAGUGUUGGAUCGAUUGUGUGGAUCCCCCGAAUAUAUUCCUCCGAUGACGAUUGAUUCGAACAACACCUCGAUUCAUUUCGUUUCCGAUAACCUUUUAAGCGGGAACGGGUUUAGAUUGGAAUGGCACCUUUUCGGUUGUGGAGGAAUCCUCGAUCGUCCAGAAGGAACCAUCUCAACUCCCGGAUACCCCACCGCUUACCCCCAAAACACGAGAUGCGAGUGGAUCAUCGCACUCCCUUCUCCUGGAAAAAGCGUCCAAAUAACUUUCGAUAAAGACCUCCACUUAGAAACGAGCCACACCUGUUACACCGAUUACAUCGAAAUUUAUAACGGCAGAAAAGCGGUGGAAGAAAAUCUUCUUAGACGUUUUUGUGAAACUAGCAAUGUCACUAACAUAACGAGUAACGGGCACGAAAUGUUCGUGGUGUUCCAAAGUGAUUAUGUACUCGUUGAUAAAGGAUUUAAGGCAGAAUAUAGAACCGUUGAUUCAAGCUGUGGCGGAAAUCUCCUCGCUGAUGAUGGGUUUAUAAUGUCGCCGAAUUACCCGAAAAAUUACGAAACAAAAACAACGUGCGAAUGGUUAAUAACCAUCAAAGAAAAUCACGUAAUUAAUUUAUUUUUCCACGACGUCGACCUUGCAUCAAAUUGCAAUAAGACCAACAUUCGCGUUUAUGACGGCCCCGACGAAGGUUAUCCUUUACUCACCACCGUUUGCGGCACCAACAAACCUAAUGGAACAAUUAAAUCGUCUUAUAAUCAUUUGUAUGUUAAAUUUCAAGCUGAUAGUAUGUUAACAGCGAAAGGAUUUAGGUUAGAGUUUAAAAAGGCAUGCGGUGGAAUUUUGAACUCCAAAACGAGUGGGUUAAUCAAAUUAGAACAAAGAAAUUCUUUUUCGAUUGAUGUGGAAUUGUGCGAGUUCACGAUAAUCGCGCCUAAUCCGGCGGAUCACGUCUCUUUAACAAUAACUAAUUUGUAUGAGAAGAUUUGUUACUUCGACUUUGUUAAUGUAUACGAUGGUUAUAACGGAACUGAUCCGAUAAUCGGGAGUUAUUGUGACGAGAUUCCUCCGACAAUUACCAGUACUGGAGCGGCUUUAUUUAUAACGGCUGGAAUUGGAUUUAAAGCUUCAUAUUCUACGUUCUCAUCAGGUAAAUCAUUCCAUAUACCAGAUGCCCUAUACAGAACCCCACUUCAACAAGGAACAACAGACUUGGACGCUCUCUUAAUGGAUGAAGUGUAUAUCAGUUCAGUAAUAAAAGAGGUUGAUGGAUGGAUUUGUCCUGAAAGAACGAUCAGAGAAGAACAAGAUAAGGAGAUGAUGAUUAUGGAGGCAAAGGAAAAUAUUAAAGCCGGAUGA